AAUAUAUUUAUUAUACAUAUUGAAUGAAUUAACAGAUCAAAAAGAAAUUAAAGCAUUCUUUAUUUAUAUGAAUUUAUUAAACUUAUACAAGAGUAUGUGGAAUGUAUUGAAUUAUUAUCAAUCACAAUGUUUAAAUUGGAAUCGUAUAUAACACCAGUGAUUCUCAGUUAUGUUGAAAAAUAUGUGAAAAAUUUUAAACCAGAACAAUCUCAGGUCUCUUUAUGGGGUGGUGAUGCAUCAUUUCAAAAUCUUGACUUACGACUGGAGGUUUUAGAAGAACAACUAAAUCUUCCUUUUGUUUUUGUUAGUGGUCAUAUACAUGAAUUACUUAUUCAUGUUCCUUGGGUAAAAAUUAAUUCAGAACCAAUUGUGAUUACUAUUAAUACGAUAGAAUGCAUUUUAAAAUUAAAAGAUGAUAAUAAAAUGGAAACUAAUCCUUCUUCCUUGCAAAAAAAACAAGAGAUACCACAGGAAGAAGCUCCUCCUGGUUAUAUAAAAGGCAUAGUAACAAAAGUUGUAAAUAAUAUAACAAUUAAUUGUAAUAAUUUAAUUCUAAAGUAUGUGGAAGAAGAUAUUGUUCUUAGUGUCAAUGUCAGAUUCUUAAGUAUGCAAACUGUUAAUAACAAAUGGGAACCAGCAUUUACUGAUGUUAAUGGAUAUGAAGUUAUGCUUAGAAAAGUUAUUACUAUUCAAGAUCUAACAUUAUGUUUAGAUAAAAUGGAUGCAUCUGGGAAGAUAGAAAUAUAUCAGGAUCCUGUCUUGUAUCGAUGUUCUGUUAUUAUACGUUUAAUCAUAAACUAUCAUAGUAAUACUGCAAAAAGAGCUUCUAUUACACGAUUAGACCUUCAUUGCCAAAAGAUGGAAUUUAGUAUAACAGAACAACAAGUGCCAAUGUUACUCAGAUUAGCAGCAUUGAUAAUGGUUUUACAAACAAAACAAUUUCCAUCUAAUAAAGAAAAAUCUUUAAUUCCUAUUGAUGAAAGAGAAGAUAGUGUACAAGAUGAUACAGAACAUGUGAUAGGAACUACUACAGAUACUACAGGAUGGGGUGGAUGGGCUUGGAAUAUGGUAUCAUCUUUAUUACCUAUCGAUUGGGAUAAUGAUUGGUCUACAGAACAACAAAUGGCAUAUUCUGGACAUACCAUUCAUUUAGGCAUAUAUAUACAAGAUGCAACUUUAACUUUUAAGACAGUCGAAAAUGUUAAGGAACAAUUGUUUUAUAAAUCUCGUAAACUUCGAUAUAAAUCAUUUUUGACAUUGCGAUUGAAUGGCGUAGUAGUAGAUACAUUGCUUCAAGGAAUUGCAAUGACUAGUUUUCAAAUUGGAAUGGGUUUCAUACGUGUAUAUCCGAGAGGAACAUGUAGCUGUGGUCACCUUGAAGUAGUUGAUGGAGCACAACCACCUUUAUAUUUAGUAGCUGGAAAGUUUAAUACUCGUUACUUAAAAGAUUCAUUAUUUGAUGAUGAUUCAGUGGAAAAUAAAGGGAAAAAACGAGAAUAUAAACAAGGAAUAUAUUAUCAUUUACUUACAGUUUCAGAGGAGCGAUUAAUGGAACGAUGUCCGGCGUUUUCUAUAGACUACGUUCAUUGCGUCGAAUUGCCAGACGAUAUAACACCUGAAAAAUUAGCAGAGUUUGGAUCUAAUUUCGAAUAUAGUAAUUUUCGCGAACGUAGAGUAAUGAGAUACAUUAUAGGUGAUUUAACUAUUAGAUUAUGUUCAGGUGUUUUUCACCGUAUCGAAACAAUAAAACAAGCUGCCGCAAAUUACGAUUAUAAUCCAUAUCUCGUUACAAAAUCAGAUCCACUUGUAAACGAACUUCCUCCAGUUACAUUGGAAGAAUAUGAAGCAUUGCGAGAAAAUGUAUCUAUGGUUGAAACAAAAUUAUUAAUAGUUAAAGCUUCACUUCAACUACAAUUAGCAGAUCAUUCUAUUACAGGACUUCCAAGACAGAGAAAGAUAAUUGAAAGUCGAACAACGCCAUUAACACCUGCUCUUACAGACGAUCCUUAUAUGAGCAUUGAAUGUGAUGAAGUAAUAUUAACUAUGCUCCAACCUUUAUAUCCAUUUAGGCUUGCAGCUUGUGCAUCCAAACAAACUGAUAUUCCGACCGAAAUGUUUAAUCAAUGUCAUAAGAUUAUUACAUUACAGGUCAAUGGAGCCAGAAGUCAACUUUAUUUAACAAAAAAUUGCCAUACAUCGAUAAUAAUGCCUUAUUCUAUUGAAUGUAAAAUUCAAAAAUUACUAUAUCCACAGUAUUGGAAAAAUGGCGACUUAAUACAUGAAAUAUAUGAAGCACAUAUUGACAGUAUUACAAUUACAGGAACAAAAGCAAAAUUAAUGGCUGCUAUAUCUAUCUUAACUUCAAUUUUGAAUUCUAAUGAUAUGACAAAUCCUCUAAUUUGUUCUUCUUUAUUUAUCGAUGCCUGCCAAGAAACAAACCCUGUAUAUCUGGAAUUAUUAUUAGAAAACGUAAAUUGUAAAAAAUUAUCAUCUUUAAUUACGAUAUCAAAUGAAUUAAGUAUAAAUUCAAUAAAAAUGUUUGCUCUUAAUGAAUCACAGCAAGCUUUUAUAUUUUCGGGACCAGAAAGUAACAUUCACGGUGAUGCAGUAAAUAAAGCGCUAUUAACUAUUAUAAUGCAAUUUCCAUUAAAUAUUGAUAAACAAACGCAUCCACCUUUGAUUUCACUUCAAAUAGCAGAUAUCAGAGCUUCAGUUGAUCCACUGCUUUUUAAAUGGCUAGAAUAUCGUGUUACGUAUUAUAAUUUGGGUACUUUAUGUACGACGCGACCCGAAACACAACAUUUUGAAGGUGCAUCUUCUGAUACUGGUACAAAGAAAAAAACAUUUCCUAGUUUACACGAAAGUGUACAUAGUUCUUCAGAUAAAGAAAAACGAAAAUCCGUCAUAAUCACAGAAAAAUCAAAAACUUUACAAAAUGAUGAAAUUGAAAAAAAACAUGAUUCUAAAUCUGAAAAUAAAGGACAGAACUUACAGAAUUUGGGAAUAUUGGCCAGAUUAGCAGAACUGUACCCAUGGUGGUGUGGUCUUGUAUUAAGUGGAUGUGUUGGACAUAUUGUUAUUUAUAUACCAUCAAUUACAAUGAGUGGUAUUGGUGCAUAUGGAAUAGAAGAAGCCAAAGACAGAGCAUUAAAAAACGAUAAUAAAUUACAAAUAUUAAUAAUAAAAUUACCUUCUCUUCUUGUUCAUUCGUCUAAUAUAAAUUUCGAGUUACUUAUACCUUAUCUUCACGAAUUACCAGUUAAAUUGCCAAAAUCAAUGUGGACUAGUAAAUUACAAAGUUUUCCAUGGACAUUAAGUCUUGUUGACUUUCAUUGUUAUAUGUUACAACAACAAACACAAAAAAAUUUCAUCAAAAAAGUUUCAUUAAAUGCUACAGUUGCUCUUACAACUAAGAUUGCAACAUCUCAAUCUGGUGAAAAUACAUUAGCUGCUUUAGGUGUUUGUGUUCAUAUUGAUAAUUCUCCAAUUAUUGUUUCCAUUUCUGAAGAACAGGUAGUUUUCAUGAGUAAAAUAAUCUCAAAUAUUUUAAGCGCGUUACGAACUACAACGAGUAAUAAUAAAAGUGUCAUACAUAGUAAUCAAAUAAAUACCGAAACACAAGUUCUUCCAAUCAUAUCUCAAACUCCAUCUACACCAACACAAUUAUUAUAUCCUGAAGAUACAACUACAAAUUCAACUAUUUCAACUUCAAAAGAUGAUAAUACACAAGAUACAGAUGAAUUAGUUUUGACGGCAUGGAUUCAAUGGACUAUAACAAAAAUUGCAAUUAAAUUAUAUGUAACGGAAAAAGAGACUUUAUCUUCAUUAAAAUUAGUGCUUGAAUUAGAAGAUAUUAUUACUUCUUUAGAUAUGCAACCUGUUUAUUUUAAAUUAAAAAAUAAAAUUACAACAGUCACAAUAUUUCAUUAUACAAGAGCACCAAAUUCACCAACCUGGGACAUUGGCGAAUAUGUAGGUGCGGUUCUUUGUGGAAGAGAGGAUAGUUUAGAAAAAGGUGAUGAUUCUGGUUUUUUAAGUUUUACCCUUACUAGAGCAAAAUCAGGAAAUGUUCAUACUCGAUGGGGCACUUAUAAACGGCACAAGAGUCAAAAGUUUCAGAAAGAUAUAAUAACAGAAACAACUUUAUCUUCUAAUAGUUAUAUUUCUGAAAUAGUUAUUAAAGUGCAAAUGGUAGACAUAAUUUUACCACUUACUAUUGUUAAUAAAUAUAUGCAAUUAGUAAAACCUUUUACAUGUUUUUAUGAAUCCAUUGAGAAAGACGUAAUUGAAAGUUCUGAACAAAGUGUCACAACACAUUUAAACAGCAUUACUAGUCUUGAUAAUGAAAUUUUACCAUUAAUAUACCUGGACUUUAAAGGACUUAGAUUAAUGCUACCAGUUUCAAAUAUUACAAAAAUUAAGCCACAACAUGAUCUAUUAAUGAUUCAAUUGGAUGGAAUUCGUAUUACACCACAUGCAGAAAAUCCAAUUUGUAGAACACCUUUAAGAUUAGAUAUAUAUCAACUUGCAGCUCAAGCAAAUAUUUUAAGUAUACCAGGUUCUGCAGUAGAAGAUCGACAAUAUCAAAUUAAUAUAAAAAAUAUAUGUGCUCAUACAACUACUUGGAAGAAUUAUCAAAUGACUAUAAACAAGAAAAUGUCUCAAUCAUAUUUGUAUACCAUGAAUGAAAAUCCUGCAUUAGAAUGGAAUAAACUUGGACAUGGAAGUAGUUUAGAACGCCAAUUUUCUACACUUCCGCUAUUAUCAAAAUUUGAUUUGUGUUUGAUCAUUGCUCCACCUGUGCUAUUUAAACCAGAUAUUAUAGUAUGUGGAAGUGCAAUUGAAGUGAAUUGUAUCACAGAUAUUGAAUUAACAAUAAAUUUAGAUCAGAUUCAACUGAUUUCAAUCUUAAAUAAUGAAUUAAAAAAUGUAUUAUCAGGAAAUUUUGAACGAGAUAAAAUCAAUACAACUACAUAUAUUAACAUGCCACAGAAACCUCUUUCAACAAUAGGAAAUAUUAAACAAAUUACUUGGAUAAAACAAUCUUCUGAUGAUAUAGAUAUUGAUGUCACCAAGGAUAGCGGUAUAGAUUUUGAAACAUCUAGUGUGAAUUCCACAAUUGUUAGCAAACCAAUAUCUUCAAAUACUUCAAUCCUUUUACCAUUUGAAUUUCUUGUGAACUGUGGAAAAAUAACUUUUGUUCUUUAUGAUAUUCAUCAAGCAGUCACAGAAUAUGAAGUUGAUAUAAAUGAAGUUGAAGAAGAUGAAGGAGAAAGUCAAAAACAACCGCUUUUUUACGUAAUGAUUAAUCAGCCAAACAUUUAUUUUUCGCAACAACAUCCAUCGCAAAAAAUACAAAUAUCUUGUUUUGAUAUAACAAUGGCGCUUGGAGAUAAGGAUAAUCAAGAAUUAAUUUCAAUACCAACGGAAAAAGAUUUCAAAGUUUUUAUGAUCGAAACGAAAAAUGGCGAUUUACAUCCAGAUACAGGCAUUCCUCCAUCUUUUAUAACAAUGAAAUAUGAAAAAACCAUAACAAAAAAUCCACAAUAUUUUAUAGAUAUGGGUAGACCUACAAAAAUUUAUUUUUCUUUGUCCAGACUAAAUCAGAUAUACAUUAUAAAAAAUAAAAUACAGUCACGUUUUAUCAAGCAAUAUGAAACAAAAUUAUUAGAGCAAUAUGAUGAUAUUAAAACACCUUCAAUAACAAAAUCGAAAAAGUUAAAUUGGCCUGAUUUGAAUAUAUGUACAAAACAAAUUGUAUUAUCGCUUAAAACUGAUUCUGGUGCCGAAAUAAUAACCAGUUUAGCUUCAUUAUCUGGAAAUAUUUCAUCUCUUCUUAGACCUGACAGAAUAUAUUCCAACACAUCUGUAGAUUCUCUUAUCAUAUCAGUAAUUUUGAAUAGUAACAUAAAAGUGCUUUUAAAUCCAUGGUGUUGCAAUAUUACAAUAUGCUUACUUUGGGAAACUUGGUUAAACAUUGACUCUAUUCCUCAAAUACAAAUACAAGCAGAUAGUGAUAGCCUUUAUUUAGAUUUUGGACCAGAACAAAUAAAAAUUAUUAAAAAUGUUAUGGAAGAUUGUCAAUUAUUAUUACAUGAACUAACAAGAUCACCUAAAAAAUUCAAAAAUAAUGAAAAGCAAAUUGUUCUUUCAAGUGAACAACAUUAUAAAGACGAUCUCAAAGCAGGCGCAUUCCAAUUUGUAAACGGAAAUGCAGAUGAAUUACCUUUUCCAUAUCAAGUUAUAUUUUUCACUUAUCCUCAACAAUCAAUGGCUUGGAGAUAUCCUCAACCAAGAACAUUAACUAAAAUACAUGUAUCUCCAGUUCCAUUCGAAACAUUAGAUUCUGAUAUUGGAUAUGUUGAUAAAGUACUUUGUGCUCUCGAAUAUUGGAGUGACAGUCAUAUGUCUUAUCAGCGAUAUGCCGAUUUUUACUUAUCAGAAACAGAUUCCUAUCGCUUAGAGCUUCCUGAAAAAUCCCCAGCAAGAGCAGUAGCUUGUAUAUGGCGUGUAGUUUUGCUACCAAAUAAUAAUCGACCUCUUACCAAAACUAUAAUCUCAGCUCGCGUUCUUGCAGCUUGUUUACGAAUUGAUUCAUAUUUCAAUUCUUCAAUUAUACCUAAUAUACAAGCUGCGCUUAAUAUUGGCACUAUUCAUAUAUCCAUGUAUAACCAUGUUAGUACAAUUAUGUACAAUAAUUUACAGGCUCCAUUAAAAAAUUAUAGUUUGAAAGGUACAAUUCCCGAAAUUCAGUGUUUUAUGACUUUGGAACAUAAAGGAGCUAUUCUUGUAUUUAAUAGAUGGAUAGACGGUUCAAUUCUGAUUGAUAUUAGUGGUACAUUUGGAGUACAUAUACUGGAUUAUGGUCACUUAACUAUGCAAGAAAUAUUAGAUCCUCUAGAAGCGAGAUUUCAAUUAUCUCUAUCAGAUAAAACAGAUAUAUCUUUUAUAUGUAGUCCAUUUGCAUUGAAAUUGAGUCCAACAAUAGCUCAUACUCUUGUAGUUUCAAUGCAUUUAUGGUAUGCAUCCUUAGAAGAAGAAACCAAGAUCACGAUUCUAUUCACACGUUACGUGAUUGCUAACGAUAGCAAUAUGUCUAUCCUUUUUGGCCAAAGUGGAGCAGGAGAUAAUAUAUUAUUGGAAAGUAGACAAUGUAUCUUUUAUUCAUGGCGAAAUAUUGGCAACAAAAUGUUACGAAUAGCUAUAGAAGAAAAUAUUUGGUUAUGGAGCAAACCAUUUUCUGUUGGUGCAGAUGGAAUUCAAGCAAUCGAAUUUAAUAAUUCUAUUAUGAAAGCAGCAGUAUUUGUAAGCGUUACGUCACUCUCAGCUACACAAAAACUUGUAACAUUUUCUGGUCAACUUAUAAUUUCAAAUCAAUUAAUUGAUAACUUCGAAAUGAAAUUAGUUAAAUAUGAAACUGAAAUUGGAUCAAAAGUGACUGUAUUAAAAGAUGUAUAUCCCAUUCUUGGUAAAACUCGACCACCAUCUGUUAUACUUGAUGGAAAUAAAAAAAUGGCAAUACGUCUACGAUUCACGAAUGUACCAAAUUUAUCUUGGACUGGUGAUAUUCCUCUUCAACCUAACGCUAAAUGGGGACAACCAUGGCUCGUUAAAGUUCCAUUACAAGAACGAGGACAAUUUUUAAGUAUUUGGGUACGAAUAAUAACGCAAAUAAUUCAGGAUAAAACAAAAGUACUAGCUGUACUUAGUCCACUCUACAUGAUUCGUUCACAUUUACCAGUACCAGCUAGAGUACAAAUGGAUACACCUUCAUUGAAAAUAUCUUUAAGCACAAUGGUAAAUGGUCGAGGUGAAAAACAGCAAUUAUAUUGUCCUGGAACAUUUGAACAUUUUCAUCAAUUAACAUUUCAAUUAGAAACCGGAGUUUCUACAUCUAAUCCAUAUGUACCAUUAUCAUAUAGCUCUGUGGAUCAAAGAAAAUUCUUUAAAAGACCUGAAAUUGAAAAUAUUGACAGCAUUUUACAAGAACUUGAGAAUCAAAAAGAUGAACUUCAAUGGCCUUUCCAAGGAGACGAGGUCGAAGAAUGGGUAUCUGCUGAACAACCCCAAACACAUGUACAGGUGAAAUAUCAAGAUGCUGGAUUAAUUUCAAGUACUUUAUUAUUAGAAUUACAGCCUUGGUGUUUCAUGUUAAAUUCCAUGGGAUGCCAUUUAUCUCUUGUAUCAGAAGAUAUUGAACUUUGUCAAAUUCCUCACUAUGGAAUUGUAACGCCACCAAAAUUAGAAGGUACAUUCCAUUUAUGCGUUGGUAUCUGUGAUACAUUUUAUACAUCCCAGGCCUUACAAUUAGCUCGACUUGAUUGGAGUCAAAAUUUUUACAUGCCACGAAUCGGUGGACUCAUUCCUGUUGAGGGAAACAUUAAAUCAUGCGUCGAUUGCGGUUCGAGUGUUUCGAUCAUGAGUAUCAAUUCGAGUAUGCAUGAGGAUAUGCGACUUGUACGUAUAACAAGUAGUCAUGUUAUUAGUAACUUAACAUCCCAAGAAUUAUGCAUUGCAACAUUAGCAGUACAUGAAGAUACAACUAGACUUGAAUUACCUAAUGAUCUUACUCCUUAUAGUCUUAAUAUUUCACCAUCUGAAGAUCAGAAACAAGGUAUUCCAAUUACGCAAUGGUAUACGUUAUACAUGGAAGAUAUUAUAGAGCCUCUUGUACUUUAUAUAUCUUUGAGUGUAGGACAUAAAUGGUCUUGUCCAAUUCGAGUCGACCAAGGUAUGAGUCGUAAAUGCAUUGCUAUUCCAAAUGGUUCUACUACUAUACCAGUAGUCAUUACAAUACAAGAAGACAAAGGCACAACAUACAUAAUGAUACAUGUAGAUUAUCAUCCUCAACUAUUUAUUGAAAAUACCUGUGCUUUUAAAAUUCUAGUAGGUCAAGCUAAUGAAACAGGAGAUGGAAUAAUAACAGAUACUUUUCACUUUACAUGGAUUUGUGAAAUAGAAAGUAAUGCAACAAGCCAUUAUUCUACUCCUUUUAAUAGUAGUAGAUUACCUGAUGUACCUAUUAUUAAUACAUCGAAUAUACUAUUGUUUUCCGCUGUGACAAAUAGUCAUAAUGAUAAGAUAAUAAGAAGUAAAGAACUACGAUGGUCAAGAGGUAUAAAUUUAUCCGCUAUAUCAAAUACAUCAGUGGAUCAGUAUGUACGGCUACCAUCUUAUGGAGACGUGAAAUUGAUUAUGCAGAAUCGUUGUUAUACUACUUAUAUUAAUAUUGUUCCAAUAUCUCAAGUAGAAGUUUCCGCAAGAGAUAUUAGAAGUCGACUUUUACGAAAAGAAAACGAUAUGAAAGAUGCAGAAAUAAUACGUGAUAAAUUUUCUAGCGAUCCAGAUGAUGAAAAAACAAUUAUAAAUGUUCAAAGUUCUGAAAGUUCAACUUCAGUAACAACUUUCUUCUCAGCUCAAGAUGAUUCUAUCGUUACAGAAACUAAAACUGCUUCGCAGAUAAAUUUACGACAAUUAAUAACGGAUAUAGAAAAUGUGAAAAUCAAUACAAAUGAUGAUACAAAAGAUAUUGAUGAAAAUAUUUCUAAAGAAGGUUCAGCGACUAUUUGUCUUCGUGGCGUUACCAUCAUUAUUAUGCAUGACAUGAAUGAAAAUGCUCAAAGAAUUGAAGUAGCCAGCUUAUCUAUGAUUGAUGUCAUUGUUGCCAUUAAUGCAAGAUCUAGAAUUAUAAAUAUAUGUGCCUUUGUAGGCGAUUUACAAUUAGAUAAUCAGUUAUUUGAUCAAGGAGGUUUUGAUUUUCCAGUAGUAUUAAUUAGUCAAAGUCCGCUUGUAAUGAAAGAAACAACAUUUUACACAAAUAGUUGUUUAAUAAAUAAAAUAGAACAAAUAAGAGAAAAUUCGUUAAUUGCGAUUGAUUAUGUAUUAGAAAAUUGUCAGGGACAAUUAAGAGCAUCAAAAGAUCUUCAUAUAAAAAUUGCACCAAUUAGUGCUUACAUUGAAGAUACAUAUAUAACUCAAUUAUUGAAUUAUGCAACUUCAAUGAUACCAUUUCGAGUUUUUGAAUCAGAUGACAUGAAAAAAACGAGAAUGUUAGUUUCAACUAUUGGAGUGUACAUUCCCGAUUAUAUAAUGGUUGAUGCAAAAAUAUUAAGUAGUCCAUUAAGAUUACAAAAUUUAAAAAUAGAACCUAUAUCUAUCUUAUUAAGUGUACAUACUUCUAUACAUUUAUAUUUGGCUUUAGAUCAUUCUCCUUUGUAUUUUAGUAAUUUUGAAAAAAAAAAUAUUUUAACUACAUCUUAUAGACUUGGCAAUGCAAUUACAAUGCAUUACUUAUCUGGUGCUAUAUUUGGGGCAGGUUGGGUAGUAGGAUCUUUAGAAAUAUUAGGUUCACCUGGUAGUUUAGCACAAGCUCUUGGUUCAGGACUUCGAGAUUUUAUUUCUCUUCCAUUUCAAGGUUUGUUACAAGGACCAUGGGGUUUUAUUGUUGGAAUAACACAUGGUUCAGCUAGUUUAAUGAGACAUGUUACAGCAGGUACAUUAAAUUCCGUAACGAAAUUAGCAUCUAGCGUAGCACGAAAUUUAGAUCGUUUAACACUCGAUGAGGAACAUCUUCAAAGGCAAGAAGAAUCCCGUAGAAUGCGUCCUCAAGGAAUGGCGCAAGGAUUAUAUCAAGGCUUGACAGGAUUUGGAAUGAGUCUUCUCGCCGCAGUUGCGGGUUUAGCUCAUCAUCCUUUACAGCAAGUUUGGUCCGGAGAAAUAACUACUAAAAGUCUCGUGACUGGUGUUGGACUUGGACUUGUUGGAGUAGUUACUAAACCUUUAAGUGGAGCUGCAGAAUUAUUAGCGUUGACAGGACAAGGUUUACUUCAAGGAGCUGGUUGGAAUUCUUUGCCUUCACCUCGACAACGUCCAGUGGUUCAAUAUACAUCGGGCAAUAAUAAUGCAACUAUUAGAUAUGCUUGGUGGUUAUUACCUUUACUUGAAAAUAAUCAUGGAAAUAUCUUGCAUGUUACUAAUGCAGAUUACUUAAUCCAGCAAGGCACUAGUCGUCCUAUAACGUUAGUUCUAACACGACAUGCGUUGUUAAUAGUUAACACGGCUGAAGAUAAUGUAGAACGGAUAUUUUUAUUAAAAGAUUUAACGAGUGCCGAUCAUCAUUUGGAAUCGACGAUAUGUUUAUAUUGUUCUCCUGAAAUGAUACAAACUAACAGAGCUAUAUCUCCAGCACCAUAUGAAAUGGAUCGUGAAAUGCGAGCACGAGUAGCGGAAUAUGUACGAACUAGUAGUACUGGUUUAGCUAGUGUUUCUACAAAUAGUGAUGUACAAUCUGAUAUUUUUGAGAACACUACUCCUAAUUCUGAUCGUACACUCACAUUUUAUGUUUCCCCAGAUUCGCGUAAUUAUUUAUUAUCGCUAUUUAACAUCGCCAAACGACAAAGUCAAGGUAGUGGAUUUACAGUGUUAUAAUGAAUAAGUAGAAUGUAUUAGAUUAUUUUCUUGUAUUCAAAAGUAGAAACAGUGAUUAACGCUCUGCUUCCAAAAAAUGAAAAGUGAUAAAAUAGUAUUAUCUGAUUUAAAAAUUAUUUUUAAAUGUGAUGUGCAAAAAAGUUCGAAUUACACGAUAUACAUGUGUACAUAUUUAGAGCAACAUUUUUGAUUUUAUUUUAAGUAAUAAAUUUAAAUUUAUGGAUUUUAUUUCAUCUUAUAAUAUAUUGCACAGAAUAAUACUAUGCACAAUUUAAAGAAAUGUUCUUAUAUAUAAAAAAAAAAUGCUUUUUCAAUUUUUAUAUAAAAAUUUAUGAUUAAAAAUGAUUAAAAAAACUCUUUUCACAAAUCUUGUUGUAAAAUUUAAUAAAUAACAUAUAUAAUGUACAUAUCAUAAAAAAAAUGAAAGUAUGUUUGCAAAUUUAAGUAUGUGAUCAAUGCAUUUUAUUAAUAUAAUAUAUAUUACAUUCUGUGCAAAUAUUUUAUGCAACAUUUGUAACAAAACAUAUGAUAAAGGACAAAUUUUUUGUGACUUAAAAAUAUCUAUAUGUAAUGUAUUAUCAUUUAUUUAAUAUUUGAUAUGUAUGAAUUGAAAAUAGAAUGCAAUAAAAUAUAAAAAAUUUUA